UCCACAGUGAAUCGUCCCCUGGUUUAGUGCGCAUAGGAAAGAAUGAAGCAUUUUUGGACGAUCUGCACACGUUAUGCGACGACGAUGGCGGAGAGAUGGAAUGGGACUACAGGAUGGAACACGGCCUUGACACCAAUGACGUCAGCAUCUGGUUCAUGCAGAAUAACGUCACCAUGACAGGUGUCUACGGCAGUUACCAUGGCAAUCUCCAACAUGUCGGAAACAUCACAAAAGAUCUUGUAGUCACGUUGAGGGACAACGAAGAGCAAAGUGAUAGUGUCCAGACGGCUUGCAUGUCUCGCGGAAAGGUGGCGGAUAUAGACGCUGAUAGUUCUGCACGUGCUCAUCGUGAAUAUGCUUCAGUCGAGCAGGUCAAACACUGUACAAUUAAUUCCGAUAAUGGGCAACCUACGUGUUACCCUCAGCUGGUCGACUGCGCAACUCAAACUGAGACUCGAACCUUUGUGGACCGUUUGUGGACAGGUCUUGGAUAUAUUUCCCGCUUCCUUUACCCAAUUUUGGCUCAAAUUAUCAAAAUCGGUCAACAUAUACAUAGACUCAUGAAGAAAUGAUUGUCGUCGGGGCAAGUACAUAAACGCUUAGUUUUAUAAUGGUGGGACAGUGCCUAGUUUUUUUCAUUUAGUUAUCUGAAUGGAGGGAAGCUUACAUUGAUGCAUCAU